AUGGCUACCAGGGCCCCCCUUUCUCAAGAACAAUACACGGUCGGGUGGAUAUGCGCCCUGCCCCUGGAGAUGGCGGCUGCGUCUUUAAUGUUGGACACAAUACACCCCACCCUUCCAAAUAAAUCCACUGAUCAGAACACGUAUACUCUGGGGAACAUUGGUGAACACAACAUUGUCAUUGCCUGUCUCCCAGUCGGUGCAUAUGGCAACGUAUCUGCUGCAACGGUGGCGAUGCAGUUGCUCUGGAGUUUCCCUUCUAUACGCUUUGGUUUGAUGGUCGGUAUCGGUGGAGGUGUACCGAACAGGAACGCAGACAUCCGACUAGGUGAUAUUGUGGUGAGCCAGCCACGGGACACAUCGGGAGGCGUGAUCCAAUACGAUCUUGGAAAAGUGUUACAGAGCGGUCAAUUUCAGCGGACGGGGAUGCUGAACCGGCCUCCGAAGAUUCUACUCACUGCUCUUGCUACACUGCAAGGUGUUCAUCUCAUGCAAGAUAGCAGGGUUGUUGAGUUUAUUUCGAAAAUUCAUGUCAAAACUACGCCGCGCAAAGCUGCAAAUUUUGCACGUCCAGCACAAGAGGAUCAUUUAUACCAGUCCGACUAUGACCACGGGGAAUCUGCUACAUGUGUGAACUGCGACCGAUCAAAACUCACUUGCCGACCUGUACGUGACUAUGAGGAACCAGAGAUUCACUAUGGGCUUAUUGCAUCUGCGAAUCAAGUGGUGAAAGAUGGCAAGCGGCGAGACCAACUGGCUGAGGACUUAGGGGUGUACUGUGUGGAGAUGGAAGCGGCAGGCCUUAUGAAUGACUUUCCGUGUGUGGUCAUUCGAGGUAUCUGUGAUUAUGCAGACUCACACAAGAACAAGGAAUGGCAAGGUUAUGCAGCAGCAGUAGCAGCAGCCUACGCUAAGGAGCUGAUUUUGGUGGUUCCAGUCAAUCAGGUCGAUAGUAUCCCUACAGCACGAGAGAUUAUCGUCGAUGCUGCCGAUCGCUUCAAAGUCUCUCUAGAUCUAGCUGCUAUCCCUGUGAUCGAAAGCUUUGUGGGAAGACAAGCGGAGCUAGAUCAACUGUGGCAAUACUUGAAGCCAACAGAUUCUCAAGCACGCAAGGUUGCGGUUCUUCACGGACUUGGUGGAAUGGGGAAGACACAACUGGCGGUGCGAUUCGCACGAGAACAUAAACAGGACUUUAGCGCUAUAUUUUGGCUAAGUGGCAAAGAUCGAGGCACGCUGUUGCAAUCUCUGAGCUCUGUCCUGCCCCGGUUACCAGGACAGCCCUUGAAAGGCGAAGCCACCAAUGAUGAAGAGCUCGAACAGCGAGCGAGAGAGGUGCUAAAGUGGCUAGCACAAGAUGGAAACUCGCGCUGGUUAAUCAUAUUUGACAAUAUCGAUCAGUACUUCUCUAUUGAUGGCGGCUAUGGCGGCGUUGGGAAUGCCUAUGAUAUUGGAAAGUUCUUUCCUACUGCGGAUCACGGCUCUAUUCUCAUUACUUCGAGACUGUCAACUCUUUUCGAACUAGGAGAGCCCUUUCCAAUCCAAAAGCUUGACUCGAAGGAGGCCAUUCAACUUCUCUUGAAAAAUAGCGGCUUGUCCAAAAGCAACUCCGUUAAUGAGAUUGAGAGAGAUCCGAAUACCCUCGCACUUGCCGACUGUCUUGAUGGACUCCCACUUGCGAUUAUCAUUGCGGCAGCAUUCAUGCGCGAAACUGGGACAAGCAUCACUCAGUACUUGAAGCAUUACCGAGGGUCAUGGUCUAAUCUACAGGCACUUUCGAGUCCUGGACGUCAGUACCAGCAAGGCAACAUGCUGGAGACAUGGCAGAUCUCAUUUUAUGAGAUUCAAAAUCGAGAUCCAAAUGCAGCACAUCUUCUACUGCUACUUGCCCGUUUUGACAAUCGUGAUAUUUGGUAUGAGUUACUAAAAAGUGCUUCUAAUUGCUCCAAUAUUCCUGGUUGGCUUGAAAGGGCAAUAUCAAGUGAACUACAGUUCAAAGCAUGCCUGAAGCCCCUGAUAGGGUUUUCUUUUCUUCAAGAAAAGCCACAAGAAGGAAGUUAUACAAUGCAUCCUGUGGUACAGGAUUGGUGCUUCCACAUAACCAGCAUAGACACAAUUACAAAUGCGAUCCAGCUUUCCGAAGUUGCAUUUAUAUGUGUUGGAUACUCAGUUCCUGCCAAAAGUGAACGUGAUUAUGCAGAACUAGAGCGACGGCUUCUUCCACACACGAUUGGUCUGCAGACCGCGCAAUUAUCUCUUGGGGAUAAUGCCAUUUUAGGAGGGUUUCAUAACCUAGGAGAUCUCUACUCUGACCAAGGAAAGCUGAAAGAGGCAGAAGAGAUGUACCAGCGAGCACUUGCAGGCUAUGAGAAGGCCUUCGGUCACGAUCAUACGUCCGCUCUUGAUAUAAUCCACAACCUUGGCCUUCUCUACUCUAACCAAGGGAAGCUGAAAGAGGCAGAGGGGAUGUAUCGGCGGGCACUGGUAGGCUGUGAGAAGGUCCUGGGUCCAUAUCAUACCUCCACCCUCGAUACAGUUAACAACUUUGGCUUUCUCUACUCUCAUCAAGGGAAGCUGAAAGAGGCAGGGCAGAUGUACCAGCGAGCACUAAAAGGCUAUGAGAAGGCCCUCGGUCCAGACCAUACAUCCACCCUCAAUACAGUCAACAAUAUUGGCCUUCUCUAUUCCAAUCAAGGGAAGCUGAAAGAGGCAGAGGAGAUGUACCAGCGAUCGCUAGUAGGCUAUGAGAAAGCCCUCGGUGAAGACCAUACGUCGACUCUCGAUAUAGUCAAUAACCUUGGGAGUCUCUACGUUGACCAAGGGAAGCUGAAAGAGGCAGCGGAGAUGUACCAUCGAUCACUGGUAGGCUAUGAGAACGCCCUCGGUCAAGAUCAUAUAUCUACCUUGAAUACAGUCGACAACCUUGGGAAUCUCUACUCUCACCAAGGCGAGCUAAGAAGGGCAGAGGAGAUGUACCAGCGAGCACUGGUAGGCAAAGAGAAGGCGCUCGGUCCAGACCAUACCUCCACCCUCAAUACAGUCAACAAUCUUGGCCUUCUCUAUUCCAACCAAGGGAAGCUGAAAGAGGCAGAAGAGAUGUACCAGCGAUCACUGGUAGGCUAUGAGAAAGCCCUCGGUCAAGAUCAUACGUCCACUCUCGAUACAGUCAAUAACCUUGGAAAUCUCUACGCUGAUCAAGGGAAAUUAAACGAGGCAGAGGAGAUGUACCAGCGAGCAAUAUUAGGCUAUGAGAACGCCCUGGGUCCAGACAAUACGUUUACACUCGAUGCAGUCCACAACCUUGGCCUCCUCCAUUCUGACCAAGUGAAGCUGAAAGAGACAGAAGAGAUUCACCAUGGAGAGCUCCCAGACAUCCCGAAGGUCGCAAAUCUCAAUAAUAGCAGGGCACGGCGUGCUAAGAAGAAAUUUACUGGAUGGCUUAAAUACUGA